AUGGAGGACUCCGUAGACUGUCCCCUAUGCUGCACGGAGCUGGACGUCACCGACCGGGCCAUUCAGUACUGCGAAUGCGGAUACCAGAUGUGCCUGUGGUGCUACCACCACAUACUGGAGGAGGCGGCCAAGGCCAGCCUGGCGGCACGCUGCCCCAACUGCCGCAGCGAGUACGACGAGGAGAAGAUCCAGAUGCAGCACAUUGACGCGGAGCAGCUGGAGGAGGAGAAGCGCAAGCUCAAGGAGAAGGACAAGCCGGGCAAGAGCGGCAGCGGCACGCGCAUCAACAGGGCCAACCUGACGAACAUGCGCGUGGUGCAGCCCACCCUGGUGUACGCUGUGGGCCUCAGCCUGGAGAUCUGCCACGAGGAGGCGCUGCGCGAUGCCCAGUACUUUGGACAGUUUGGGCGAACCGUCAAGAUAUCGGUCAACCCGCGGCGUGCAGGG